CGUUGGUACGUGUUAUGACUGAACCAUUCCGGGGUUAUUUUCUGGUUACACACAGUUUCCUUCCAAACAGCUGUUUUACACCUCAGUGUUUGAACAGGCGACUGUUGUUGUAUGCACUUUCUGUGUUGACAAUCUGAGCUCUUAUUGAACGUCGAGUCGUUGUGCUGUGGUGGCUGUCAGUCAGUAACCAUGGAGCCCACCUGUCGCAAAGACAAAGUGAAGUUGAACUCCACCCCUACUCGCGGCGACAGGGCCAAGCAGAAAUCCGCCCAGCAGGAACUGAAACAACGACAACGGGCAGAGAUCUACGCCCUGAAUAAGGUGAUGACAGAGCUGGAGCAGCAGCAGUUUGAGGCCUUCUGUAAGCAGAUGCAGUCCCAGGGAGAGUGACUGACAACCUCCCAAUGGCAGCCCAGGACCAUAAACCCUAACCUUCAGCAGCCCUGACCCACAGUUCAACUACAGUCUCAACCAGUAAAACAAGAGUAUUUCUUACAUAUCGUACAGACACGUUGAACUGUGAAGAUUGCUGAGCGAUUAACUGAGGGGUAAUUUAUUUUACGUUUUUUUAAACAACAAAUUGACCUACUUGGGUUCAAUUAUUUGAAUUCCAUUAUUUUGUUUUAUGUGCACAUUGCACAGUUUCUCUAGAGAUAAAUCAGAUCCUGUUUGAACUGUGCAAUGUAGUAGGGAGUUGUAGUUUCCAACAGACCAAUAUUCUACUUAGUUUUGCGCUUAAAACAUAAUUAACUACAAUGACCAUAAUCCAUUGCGCAUUUACUUGUACGGCCUUUCUUUUACGCCUGCUACAAAAGCGGCAGAAGAAUGCACAAUCAUGAGGGGGAUAUAGAGAGCAGUUGUUACUUCGAGGUAUCUCUACCUGAAAAUAAAUGAUCUAUUCUAAGUGAUUGAUAGUUGGUAUUCAGCAGUCAUAAAAGUCUGCCUUAUUUACUUUGAAGAACUACAAAAUAUAGAUUUUGUCAAAGCAUAUGCAGCAGCUCUAUAGAGAUGAGCUGUUGACUUGGAAUGAAAUAAGUCAUAAAACAAAUGUAAUAUACACAACUGAUAUGUGAAUAAAUGGUUAAUAAGUGAUAAGCAGCAAUGAGCAGUUACUAUCAUCAUGGGAUUUUGAUUCAUUGUUUUAUUCUGUAUUACAGCAUUCAACCCAAAUAAUCAAAACCUAAAUCCAAAACCUUUAAUUUUUUUAAUAAUCAAACCGAACCCAAAACAACCUCAAAGCACUAAUCGUUUAGCACUAACUGUGAAUCAUUUGCUGAGGGAUAUUUCCAUCCUGGUCCUGUUAUGCAGUGGUCGCCAUAGACAUGAUGAUAAUCAUGUGGAUCACUGGUGGUGUGCUCUCUUAUUGCCUCUCCUGUCCUCACACGCUGAAACGGUUGUGUUUUCUGGUAUGUGCAAUGUUGUCACGGCGCCAGUCAAAACAGUUUUAGUGCAUGGAGUGUAAGGACAAUAACACGCAGACAGACUCAAACACUCUGGGGAUACAGCCAUUGGUUAUCAACAUGCUCCAUAAGUUGUCAUAAGUGGACAUGCGUUGCAUUGUGAAUGUAACAAGACAAGAUUAUUGGCAUAUUCUAAACUCAGCAAAAAAAAAAAAA